AUGGCCGUGGUCAUCAAUCAACACUCGCAGGGGAGGAACCUGCGUGCUUUGUUGCUAUGGAAACACAACGCACUUCCGGUGUUGUUGUCCCUCGUAUUGCAAGCCGCAGCAUCAUGCGGCAAGGAGAGGGCCGGCUACAGGGACUAUGACCGGUUCGCCUACCACGUGCCCAAACAGCGGGGCCCUAACGUCCCUGACGAGCAGAGGCUACUGGACCACAUCAUGCGAGGGUACGAGAGGUCCGUCAGACCCGUCAGGAACGCCUCGUCCCCCGUCGUUAUACAGAUGGGGCUGACCUUGACCCAGGUUCUGGACAUGGACGAGAAGAACCAGGUGUUGAUUACAAACGUCUGGCUGGACCAUGAGUGGGUGGACGAGUUCCUGGUGUGGGAACCGUCAAAGUUCAACAACAUCACGAAGCUGAGGAUCCCGUGCCACAAGAUCUGGUUGCCUGACAUGGUCCUGUAUAACAACGCCGCCGAGUACACCGACGGCCUGAUGCCAGCAAAUGCCAUGGUAGAACCCAACGGUAACGUCUUCUGGCCGGUGCCGACUAAACUCCAGAGCUCGUGCAAAGUGGACGUGACCUAUUUUCCCUUCGACAGCCAGGAGUGCUCGCUCAAGUUCGGCUCGUGGACCUACGAUGGCUACCAGGUCGAUAUAACAAACAGGACCUCAGAGGUCGACCUCAGCAAUUACAUCGUCAACGGGGAAUGGGAGCUGCUCUACGUCAAGUGUGUGCGCAACGUCGUCAGAUACGCCUGCUGCGACGAACCAUUCCCUGACGUCACUUUCUAUAUUAAGAUCCGAAGACGCACGCUCUACUACAUGUACAACGUUGUGUUCCCUUGCGUCAUGAUGUCGGCGCUGACUCUCCUGGUGUUCUGCCUCCCCCCUGACUCCGGUGAGAAGAUCGCCCUGGGGAUCACCGUGUUGCUGGCAUUCUCCGUCUUUAUGCUGGCUGUAGCAGAGAACCUUCCAGAAACUUCGGAGUUUGUACCACUCAUCAGCAUUUACCUGACGAUUGUGAUGGCCUUGACCUCAGUCUCGGUCAUCAUGACGGUGUUUGUCCUCAACCUUCACCACAGGGGACCCCACAAGCACUCGGUGCCGACCUGGCUCAAGAAAUUCUUCCUGGGCUCCUCCGAGGUCAAGCGCCGGUCAUUCCGUCGCCCUAACGACCGGCACGGACAUCUGCAUUAUUCGGGCAUCGGCGGGAUGGACACGCACUGCAUGGUGAAAAACAUGUCCCUGAAGCUGACGCUGGAUAAUUUAGCUCAGGAGCUUAGAGACGAGCUCCAGCUUGAGAACGGGUUGCUGGAUUACCCGGAGUACCAUCAGGCAACCAAUGCUAAUGACAACCCGCCGAGUACUCUAGCUGAUCAGGAGUCUGAAAUUCAAAGUAACUUUUCAUCCGCGACAGCCAAUCAGAAUCGUCAUAAUUCAACAGCUAAUCAGAAUCGUCAUACUUCAACAGCCAGUCAGGAUCGUCAUAAUUCAACAGCCAAUCAGGAUCGCAACACAACAGCAUCCAAUCAGAAACCUAAAACAAACGAUACGCUAGGGGUCGGUGCUAACACUACGUCACAGUGCACAAACAGUCCGAGGAAACCGCAAACACACACCCCGGGCGCCGAGCUCCCCAAACCGGAGCUGCACCCCCACCGGCGGCCGAGGCAAAAGCCACGGGCGACGUACGAGGAAGCGUUGCUGUCGUUGACGAAACUUCUAGAGCGGCACGAGGUGGAGGAGAGGGAGUACGAAGACAUUCAGGACUGGAGGCGGCUGGCCCAGAGCGUGGACCGCAUCCUCUUUGUGUUCUUUCUCGUGGCCACCGUGUCCUCCACCCUGGCAGUGCUGGUCAUCGUCCCCGCUACACAGGACACGUGAUCCCCGCUACACAGGACA